AUGGCGCACUUCAUUCCCGAGCCAGCUUUUCUUCCAUUUCAUAAACUCUUCUUGGAUGGGGAUAAGGUAGAAACAUAUGGAAGAUUAGUUUCAUGGGAGGAAGAUGAUGCUGUUGCUGAUCUGAUGUUUACAGAGAGACAGUUCAGUCCCGGUGACGGUUUGAAGGCAUUUGAGCUCCAAGAGAAAAUAUAUCCAUUCCUUAUCAAGUGUUGUGAGCUUAUUCUUCACGACUUUGUUACGUCAGGUGCAUUGCUUGAUGGGACUAUCUCAACUGGUAUUACGCCCGAUCCUGUUGUCACUCCUGAGCCUGGUCCUUCUGCAGUAACCGAGAUUCUGCCAUCUCUAGCUACCAUCUCAGUCGAAGCACCAUAUCGUCUGCCUGCUAAUAUCAAUUUUGAACGCCUCCGAGAUAUUUUUGCAGCUAGGCUUUCUGCAGCAGAAGAUUAUCUGUUCGAUUUGAGAGAGGACCCUGGGUUUUUUGCAGAUACAAUCAUUGAUUGGAGCGAGCACCGGAAUGAUGCAUUAUUAGACACGUACGGCAAUCCACAUCCAACUGGACCACACACUCAUGACUUUUAA